AUGCAGAUGGAGGGCCUUCGCAAACUCCAGCACCUCCGUUACGUACCACGGAAUGGAAUUGUUUUGCCUCACUCUAUAGAACUUCAAGGUUUCUUUGGUUUGUGGCUCGGAUGGAUACCUAACUGUCAGCGUGCCGCUCUCUUAAAUAUGGCCGACAUUGCAACUUAUGAUUAUGUUAAACAUAAACUGCUUGGAGACUACGAACUACCGGGCUCAUGUGCAGCAGUAAGCAUGUACCGCUCUACAAUGGCUGCAUAG